AUGAACUCCUCCUCCACGCUAGCCUCCUCCUCAUCGUCCUCGUCUCUCUUUCAUUUCAAACUCACUCCCUCUAAACCAACUCAACCAUCUCUUCUCCGUUUUGCCCCACCACAUUCCCACAAUUCCCACCAUGCCCCUGCCCUCAAAAUCACAGUUUCCUCAACCAACCACAACACCCUCCUCCCAAGCAACGGCGGCCACAACUCAAACCCGAUUCUCCAAAAUCUCAAACAUUAUGCCAAAGCUGCAAUUCUCAUUGGCGUCGCUGCCACCAUCUUCACCAAGUCCUCAACUUUGCUCGCCAGAGCCGACCCUCCGCCUGCAUUGACCGAACAAGCCCCAACCCAGGUCUCGGAUGACGAGAAUCAAUCCUCAUCGCCCUUGUCCGACUUCCUAGGCUCCAAUUCGGAAGCCAUCGAAGCCUUGAAAUCGCUUCUGCAGCAGAAGCUCGAAAACGGCGAGGACGGUGAAGCGCUAAAGAUCCUGCAGCGCUUGGCCUUGGCGCAGCCCUCGGCGACCGAGUGGAAGUUCAUGAUGGCUAGGGUGCUCGCCGAAAUGGGCGAAAACGAAAGCGCCCGCCAAGUGUUCGAGGAAAUACUCGCGGCGGAUCCUUUGUCCUUCGAGGCGUUGUUCGAGAACGCCCUGCUGAUGGACCGCAGCGGCGAGGGCGAGGCGGUGAUGAAGCGAUUGGAGGACGCCUUGCAGAUUGCGGAGGAGGAGAACAAAGCAAAGGAGGCUCGCGACGUUAAAUUAAUAAUGGCACAAAUUCAGUUCCUUCAGAAGAACGUGGAGGACGCUUUGAAUAGCUAUAACGAAUUGGCAAAGGAGGAUCCCAAAGACUUCAGGCCCUACUUUUGCCGCGGCAUGAUUUACAGUUUGCUUGACAGGAAUGCAGAGGCGCGAGAGCAGUUUGAGAAGUACCGCCAGCUUUCGCCGAAGAAGUUCGAGGUGGAUGGCUACUUGAGGACGCCAUUGUCCCGAGUCAAGCUAUUUGGGAACGAUGAUAAUUGA